UAUGAAUAAGAAGAACGAAAGCUACAUAAAAAUAGCAAAAUCAUACCUAGCAACUACUCGGUCUCAUCGUGAACGGCUCGAACGGGAGGCCAAUAAGGCUCCUCAGCCUGUUCCUGUUCCUGUCCCAGAAGUUAAAAAAGAAGAAAAGAAGGAGGAGAUGACUCUACAGCCCCCAUCACUCGCCAAAAUCUCUGAGGAAUACUCGGCCAGGAAGAACACUACUUACUCCAAUAGGAGUCACAAGGAGUACUCCGAAAUAAUCCCUGAUCCAAUUCCUUCAGAAGAAAAGCAGGAACGUACCAUCUUCAAGCACGGGCCUGACUCGAAGGACUUCAAGUUCCUUCAGGAAUUCCCUGAAAUAUUCGGCAGCCUAGUGGACGACCUCAAAGUAAAAAUUGAUAGCAAUGCUAAAUAAACAUGUAAAUAUUCUCAUGGACAGGUUCAAAGGUGAACUCUACAACGUUAAGAAAUAAAUAUGCUGAGCUUGAAAUGUCCCGGAACGAGAACUUCAAGAAAAUCAAAUUUGAUAAAGAGAUGAUCGACCGUAGAGCUGAGCUCAGUAGUCUCAAGUCAGAGUGCUAUAAGCUAGACCAACAGCUCAUGAUUAAGAACAAACAGCUUAAGAAGUUGAGAAAUAGUAAUUAUGAACUUGCUCAGGAAAAAUAAGUUCCUUGAUAGUCAGAUCGAGAACGCCAAAGCUCAACAAAACAGAUUGCUUAGCAACGUAAGUGUACUCAAUAAGGAGGAAAUACAAGAAAUCCGUAACGAAGCCAGGAGAGUUAUCGAGGAAAACUCACUAGGAACUGCAGAGAUUUUGAAAAUGUCCGAUACCCAUGGAGGAGGUGAAGAAGAAAGCAACAAACUACAGGCUCUGACUUAUGAAUAAUCCUUCUGAUUGGUUCCGGAUAUCAAGGUAGUGUGCCUGAAGUCUUAGCUGAAAGUAUCAUGUUCA